UAUCUUGACUGCAGCCUACAGGAUGAGGAGAACACACACACACACACACACACACACAUCCCUCCUCCUCCUCCUCCUCCUCCCCAUCCUCGCGCAUUCAGCACCACGGAGAGCCGAACAGCGCGCGAGCACCGGCGGAUACGGAAAUAAGAGGAAAUGCGAGGAAUCACACUCACUCUCUAGACCUAUUUUUUCCCAGUGUGCAAGGCGUUCAAGUUGCUCGUCAGCUCUAUGUAGGUGCAGGAUGAUGUUAUGAUGAUGAUGAUGAUGAUGAUGAUGAUGUCGGUGGUGAUAACGGACGCGUUCUUUUUUUCACGCCCCAAGCCACAGUGCCACCGGAUCGCUACACAGGGCUCGACAGCAUCACCGUGAGUCUGCUGCGGUCUUCUGCUUUCACCGCCAUCAGAGAGGAGAGGAGAUGAAACCGGCCACGACUGCAGCUCUCAAGCUCAAAAACGUCGGAGCAGAGCCGUGUGCCGCGGUCUCCGGUUAGUGACAUGAAAACGCGGACUAGAAAAAAGGAAGAGGGAUGAAAAUGUAAAGGGGGGACACCUUUCCUGAGGACCAGAAGAUAAAAAAAAUACAGAAUCAGAGCUCGGUGAUGUGAUCACUGACAUCUUUCAUUUAAAAAUAUAUUUAUAUAUGAUGUGAAGACAUAUAUCAGGAAAAAAAGAUUUCUUACAUUUACCUACAACAAACACACACUCUUCCUCUCUCAUCUUGGAUUAUUAGCCUUUCCUUAAAAGAAAUACAAAUAAAAAAAAUUGACAAAAAUGGAGACCAGGAAGAACCAGGAGGUUCUGGAGAUGUUUGAAUCUCAUUGCUAUUAAACACACACUGGAGUUUGUUCAGCGAUUUCUGCAGGUUUCCACCCAGCUGAGGUGGAGUUGAGGAGUUGAGGUCUACAAGACGUCGGCUUCGCUCGGAGUGGUAUGUAUGGUAACGGACCGGACUUCUCCACCACGCUGCUCUGUGAUUAUCUUCCACUAUGACCGUCGGAGUUCUGGGAGAAACUGUCUACGAUCGUUCCGACCGUAACUAACCCACACUGAUGCGAAUUCUUGGGUCGAGCUCAAAGCGCGCCUUUCUACCAUGGGCUGCGUCCAGAGCUUCAGCUGUAAGUCGCGGGUCAAACGCGAGAACAUCACCGUGUGUGACAUGUCGGCCACCAUCGACCAGUGCCCCACGGUGAUCGAAGAGAACUCACCCAUAGUGCUGCGCUACAGGACGCCAUACUUCAAGGCCUUUGCCCUGGUGGUCAUGCCGCCCAUUCCUCGCCAUGAGACCUGGGUGGUCGGAUGGAUCCAAGCUUGCACUCAGAUGGAGUUCUACAACACUUACGGAGACAUUGGCAUGUCGAGCUGGGAGCUCCCGGAGCUGAGGGACGGCAUGGUGAGUGCGAUAAGCGACUCAGACGGUGUGAGCUACCCAUGGUACGGCAACACCACAGAGACAGUAACCAUCUCAGGCCCGACAUCCAAACCUUCACGCCUCAUUGUCAGCAUGAACGACAACUUCUACCCGAGCGUGACGUGGGCGGUGCCAGUGAGUGAGAACAACACGCCGAUGCUCACGCACAUCACUCGUGACCAGAGCUUCACCACGUGGCUGGUGGCGCUCAAUGUCGGCACGUGCGAGAAGAUCCUGCUGCAAACCAUCAAGUGGAGAAUGAAAGUGGACAUCGCCGUCGAUCCCUCCAUGCCUCUGGGCUCCAGGGCCAGGCUGGUUGGGCCUCUUCACCAGGACCAGCCCAAAAUCCUCACUCAAAUGGAACCCAUUCCCCAGAACGCCAUGGGCAAACCCAAUGCGAACGAUGCCCAGGUGCUCAUGUGGCGGCCCAGAAGGGGAACCCCUUUGGUUGUGAUUCCCUCAAAGUAGCUGGUUUGGGGAAAAGUAAGUGUGGAUACAGUAUAGUCCUUUCCACUGGGUUGGUUUUGGACUCGAACCUUUUCAGGAAAUAUAUCUAGAGCAGGGCAAGCAGAAUGUGAGAGCUGAGAGUUCUGUUGGUGAUAUACUGAGUGCCCCAGCUCGAUCUGGAAGGCCUUGUUCAUGCUAAUACGGAUCCAUUUGAAAAGUUGCUGUUUUCCGUCCAUUUAUUUUUUCCCAUUUGAAUGUUAACAUUGUGAUAUUUGAUUUGAUCAGUGUUAUAACCCGAAGAAAGCGAUGUCAGGAAGAAGAAACGUCUAUUAACUCUUGAUCACAGCACUGUUAUUAACCGUUAGCGGUGCACCAAGUACCUGAAUCUGAAUUGAUACCAGUUGGUCUCUCAUACCUCUGGAUUGGUAUUAGAUCUGACAUAUAAUAUAUGGUCAAAAGUUUGUGCACCCCUAACCAUCACACUUUUUUUUAACAUCUCCUUUGCUGUUAUACUAAGCUCCACUUUUCUGAGAAGGCUUCCCAAUGGAUGUUGGAGCGUGGCUGUAGGAAUUUGUGUUCAGUCGAAUAUUCUGUAAGAGCAUUAGUGAGAUCAGACUCUGAUGUCAGGAUGUUGAGGAGACUCCAGUUCCAGCUCAUCCCAAAGGUGUUUAGUGGGGUUGAGUCAGAGUCAGGGCCCUGUGAAAGACACUCCAGUUCUUCCACUUUUGCCAACCUUCACCUCCACACCAUGUCUUCAUGGAUCUGCUUUGUGCUUUGUCAUGUCUGGAACAGGGUUUGAGAAACCAGUGAAGGGGAGGUUUAACUCUUUAGCGUAUGAAGACAUUCUGUACAACUGUCUGAUUCCAAAUUUGUUUGGAGAACAAAGGUGUGUCAGUUGUCCAAAUAUGUUUGGUCAGAUGCUGAUUGAUACAACGCAGGUCAAUGAAGAUAUUGGUGUCUUGAAGACUAUACCAUGCCAAGCUGGGGCUACUUGCAAGGCAUGGUUGCUUGCUAAGGCGUGGCACUUGCCCAUUUCGGGAGAGACCACUUGGCGCUACCAUGACCAAGCACUAUUGGUGUCUUGAAAAUAGAAGUGGGAUUAAUGGGAAAAGUGGGAUUAAUGCAUUAGUAUUGACAGUAUGAUGGAUGACAGAACCAGGGCGUGGUAAGUCCUGCUGAAAGAGGCCAGUGAUAACGUACAGGUAUUUUUGAGCAGCGCAGCAGAACAGCAUUUACUAUAUCAUCAGAAGAUCUUAAGUUUGCAUCUCACAGAUGCCACAGCACUUCAUGGCCAGGAGAUCAACACAACAAACCUGACCCGGCUGUCUGAGCGAUCGGGAUGGCUCUCUCUCUCUCACCUCUCAAUCAGAGUAGUGUGAGCGAUGACCUGUGAUGUAGCAUGAGCAACAGUUCAGUUUGAGAAGAUGCACUGGUUGGCUUAACACGUCUUAGAUGAAGAACAUGCUAGAUUUCACCCUUCCUGGUUGGUAACAGGUGUGUGAUAACCAAGAGCUAGCUAGUGGGUAGGAAUGGGCAAAUGACCAAAUUGGAAGGGGAAAAAAACAACAAAUCAGAAAUAAGACCAGCAAUGAUCAGGAAUGUAGAACUUUCUGAUCCUGAAAACAUCGCUUUCAAAUGUAUUCAUAUUACUGUGGUAGGCAUUCCAGCAUUCUGGGGCUAAACUUUCUAGAACCACAAACAGGACCACUUGCCUUAAUUCCACACUACUGCCUUUGACUGGACGGACGGGGCCGAAGAGGCACGGAAACGCAACCUACGGACCGGCGAGCCGCCUCAGAACCAGCUCUAAGCCGGAGUACCAGAGACAGAACAGGAAUGCGAUACCUAAUGUGGGAGAAUAAUGACUGAUGAGAUGAGCUUUGAGGUUCGGUUCAGUUCUCUGUUCAUGAUUAAUGAUUUGUAUUAGAACAACAUUUUUCAAUAACCUUCUCGCAUUAAAGUGAUGCUAAGCUGAAGAGCAGCAUCAUACAGGACAGUGUUAGACGGAGACGUUUAAAAACCUAGCGCUCUACGCCAAACUUCACACCUAAGUCAUAGCCUGCCUUCUUUCAUCUGCUAAAAUGACGAUAUUGUAACCGAGGAAAAUACUACGCUCUUGUUUUUCGACACGGUUUCGGUGCUGUUCGGGAAAACCAGCAGUUUCUUUUUAAAGACAGUCCACAUGUCCACCGGUUUGAGAGCUGAGCAGUUCCGUACUUGGCUGUGUGCGAGUUUACAAAGUAAAACUAAUCACCAUAAAAGAAUGUACGAGUUUUCUACCUGGCUUUGACAACAUGUUUUUCCACACAGCACUGACGCACACAUUGUUGCCUUUUUAAAGGCGCGGUUUCAGUAUUUUCUUUUCCUUUAGAAUUGUUUUAGAGGCAAAAAUGACUCAGACCUGCCAACCUUCACAUGUUCAACCUUCACCCAGAAAAAAACACUAGAUGAUUUGGAAUGAUUGACAGUCGCGUAGAUGUUUUGAACUCUCUCAUAUAAACAGAAACCUCUGGAAGCUCCGCCCACUUUCCUCCCAACUCAUAUAAGAAACGUUUUCCCUGGUACUCACUUCCUGAUUUUUUUUUUAAAUUAUUAUUUAUUUAUUUAUUUAUUUAUUUAUUUAUUUAUUUAUUUUUGUGCACAGAUCUAGCAUCACAGAUUCCACAGAAGGAAAAUAUUUAGUGUUUAUUAAUGUAUUAAUGAAAUCAAAUGUUUUGAGGGAUGUUUCAUGCCUCACCUGACUAACUUUAGACAAGUACACUGAUCAGCCAUAACAUUAUGACCACCUGCCUAAUAUUGUGUUGGUCCCCAUUUUGCUGCCAAAACAGCCCUGACCCGUCGAGGCGUGGACUCCACUAGAUCCCUGAAGGUGUGCUGUGGGAUCUGGCACCAAGAUGUUAGCAGCAGAUCCUUUAAGUCCUGUAAAAUGCAAGGUGGGGCCUUCAUGCACCCCAACUCUCAACUUACAUGACAAAUACAGGAUACUUUUGACAGAUACUGACCACUGCUCACCAUGUUAUGCCUGAUUGGGGUAUGUAGCUAACAACAGCAAGCAAAAAUGUUUGCCAUGUGGAAGCAGUUCAGUAAGAGAAGAGAUUUGUGAAAGCACUAUAUUAAAAAAUGUAAGGUUUUUUUUCUUUUGUAGUUACUGCAUUUUCUCUCUACAUCCCCUUUCCCAGAAUUUCUCAUUAUUCCCCUUCAGGGUUGGCAGGUCUGAUUACACAGCCCCAGAGCCCCAGAUGUAAUCAGUUCUCAGUUGCACAGGAGAACAGGCUCAGAAACAGAGAUGUUGUUGUGGAAAAGCGCCGAAGGUUAACGCACUGGCUACCGGCAUCUUACUGGUGCAAAAUAUCCAUCAUUUUAUUCGAGGUCAGAGUUCAGUAUUUAUUCCGGUGCUCAAAACACCAGUCUGUGUAGAAUAAUUACUCCAUGAAAGGAGAAAGGAAUGUUUGUGCUGUUUCAGUGUUGGUUCCAGAGAACGAGAGAGGAAAAAAGCAGCGCUCAAGCUCUUUCACCUGAGAGACAACGAAUACAAACAGUGAAUCCCAGUGCUGCUCAUUACUGAGACAGGAAACAUUCCUACACACACACACACACAGAGUGAGAGAAAGAGAGAAAGACUCAGAGACACAGAGAGGAAGAGAGAGAGAUACUCUCAUGCACACACACACACACACACACACACACAGAGUGAGAGAAAGAGAGAAAGACUCAGAGACACAGAGAGGAAGAGAGAGAGAUACUCUCAUGCACACACACACACACA